CGUGAGCUGGCCACACGCCCCCGCCUGUUCACCCUCCGGAUCCUCGCCACGUGGAUCCGAUCCGACGGCCUCCUCGAUGCCCCAUCCGUCCGGAACUCUUUGGCUCCCCGUGCUCCUCCUCACCUGCUAUAAAACGACAAAAGACGAGCAGCGUUGUCCAACUGCGAUCGCGCCUCCUCGCUCAUCAUCUCCAUUUCCUUCUCCAUCUCGUCCGCUGUGUUUUUCUCUCUUCCUUCUCUCUCUCUCUCUAUCUCUCUAUCUCUCGAUCUCGAUCGACCGGAGAUGAUGUCGUCCAGCCUCGUUUCGGCUUUCUCUCCAUCGCCGAGCGAUAAGCUUUCGUCCAUGUCCAUGGCGAGCUCAUUUGCGCCUCCUCUGAGCUUUCCUCCGUCGAGUUCGAGAGGGAAGAACGUCCCUGCGGCGAGGGUGCGGGCCUCCGCGGAAGGCGGUGGUCCGGUUCUCACGGGCAUCGUCUUCGAGCCUUUCCAGGAGGUCAAGAGAGAAGAUCUUGCCGUCCCACUAUCGCCUUAUCUCUCCCUCGCACGUCAAUGCUAUGCCGAGGACUGCGAAGCCGCGAUCAACGAGCAGAUCAACGUGGAGUACACGGUGUCGUACGUUUACCAUGCCAUGUACGCGUAUUUUGACCGGGACAACGUCGCUCUCAAGGGCCUUGCCAAAUUUUAUAAGGAGUCGAGUGAAGAGGAAAGAGAGCAUGCUGAGAAGUUGAUGGAGUAUCAGAACAAACGUGGAGGGAAAGUGAAACUGCACUCCAUCUUGAUGCCGCCUUCGGAGUUCGAACAUGUCGAGAAAGGAGAUGCUCUUUACUCCAUGGAACUAGCUUUAUCUCUGGAGAAGUUAACAAACGAGAAGCUUCUGAGCCUGCACAGGGUUGCAGCACAAAACAAUGACCCGCAGCUGACCGAUUUUAUAGAAAGCGAGUUCUUGUAUGAGCAGGUCGAAGCAAUCAAGAAGAUUGCAGAUUUCGUCACGCAGCUGAGGAUGGUUGGAAAAGGCCAUGGUGUAUGGCAUUUCGAUCAGAUGCUGCUCCAUGAGGGCGAUGCUGCUGCUCCAUGAGGGCGAUGCUGCUUAAUGUCGCAAUUGGGGUGGACGAAUCUAAUCUUUUCCCGUUAGCAGAUUGAACAAAUCACCACCACGGGAAAGAUUUCAAGAGUUUGUGUUCUUAGAUAGUUGGGAUGCUCUCCAGACAAACUGCCGUUUCCUCACUCUAUUUUGUACAGUUUACUGAAAGCCUGGGGAUAGAAAUUUAGUCAUCGAAAGCUGCUUACCAAACGUGUCAACUUCCCUUUCCGUUCCCUCAAUAAAAUGAAUCAAGGCUGGUGCGCCGUACCUGCCAUCUUUUCUGUCUC